GCCGAGUGGCGGGACGAGCUAAGCAGAAAUUUAUCGCAGAUCAGGAACCUAUACCUCACAAUCAAGAGGCCAGCACAAAGAAAUCGAAUUGAUUUAUACUAGCUGGUAAAAACGACAUUGGAUAUUGAAAGCCGGCAAAAAUAUAAAUCAAAGGUCAUCAUGGAAAUAAAUGACAAUGGUAAACGAAACCGAAAGUCACUGGAUACACUAGAGGAACGAAAACCUAGUGGAAGUGCAAACUAUUAUAUAAACAGUAUCAGGCCUGUACAGAUGGAUCCAGAUAAAUUUCCUGGCUUUUAUGUCUUUCAAGAAUCUGCGUUUGGAAAUAUGAUUCUACCAGGGAUUCCAAGGAGUGAAACAAAUAAAUGAUGAUGAUAUGUGAUAAUUAUGAACAAUAAAUUGUAUUCUAAACAUUAUUCAGUCGAAAAUAAACUGUUAUUGUACAGAUGAAUGAAUGACACGUUUUCAGCACUUGGCAUAUUUCUAUAAUAUAUAAAUCCUUUAGACUAUUUUUAAUUGUCUUUUA